GUCGAGUUGCUUUUGUUUCUCUUCCAAAAAUUAAUGCAAGUCAGUUCCUGCACAACGUGUCAACAAUCUCUCCAGACUGAGCAAAGAAAGCAGAUUGUGCUUAUAAAUUGACUCAGGUGCUGGUCUGAACACUGUUUUUGGUGGAAAGUGAGUCUCGUUCAGUGCUGUCUGGUAUCUGCGAAAUGGCAAGCGGAGGAGGGUUUCAUCCUAGAGAUGAUGACAAAAGCGUGCAGUGCCGGUACUUUGUGAGUGGUGUUUGCAAGAGAGGUAGCAGCUGCUCAUUCAGCCAUGACUUCAAUGCCAAACCUGAUAAUGUGUGUCGCUACUACCAGCAUGGAGGGUGUGGCUAUGGGAAGAAGUGCCGAUAUGACCAUGUUAGACAAAAACCAGAUACUGGCAGCGCUCAGAGAGGGUCUUCGAUGUCUUCAUCAUCUUACUCUGGAACGCCCUCUUCAGUGUCAGCUUCCAACAGCUCAAAACCCUUGGAAACAUGUAGCUGGUCCACUGGUCAGUGCAGAGAUUCCUCUUUCAAGCCAUGUACAAAUGCCAAACCAGAACCGUAUCAUUCCAAGAUGACAGUUCUGCGCAAAACUGAUCACCGAUCGCCAAAAGGCCAGACACCGGCUAACUGGGCUGAUGCACCAGCAUUUGUUCCUAAGAGUACGCUGUCCAGUACCUCACAUUCCGCUUCAUCGUCUUCCAUGUCAUAUAGCAAUGCUGCUGCUGCCGACACACCGUCAUUCUCAGAAUCGGAUUAUUGCAGCUCUGACCGGUGGGAUGCUGCUACUGACUCAGAACUUUGGGAACAGAGGCAUGCCUAUCAAGGUUAUGCUGCGGAAACAUCACUGUCAGAAGAGUCGUCUGCUGCUGCUGAUUCAUCCAUACCACCAGAAAUGUACCAUUAUGUGGAUGAUGUCACUGACAGUGUUGCCAGUGCAUUGUUGUGUCCGUAUGCUCAAAUGGGCAAUUGUCCGUUUGGUGAUGAAUGUUCUUAUCUGCAUGGUGACAUAUGUGAUCUUUGUCAACGGCAAGCUCUCCAUCCAACUGAUCUGCAACAGAGAAAGGCUCAUGAAAAGGAAUGUGCGGAACAUAUAGAGAAGGAAAUGGAAGUGGCGUUUGCUGAGCAAAGAACACAAGGUGUUGCAUGUGGAAUCUGUCUGGACGUGGUGUGUGAAAGGCCCAACCCGGCAGAGAGAUAUUUUGGUCUUCUGUCUGAGUGCAAGCAUGCGUUUUGUUUAGCUUGUAUUCGAAAGUGGAGAUCUGCUCCCAGAGGCAAAACCGUUGUCAGGACAUGUCCAGCUUGCCGUGUUCCAUCAUUCUUUGUCACGCCGAGUCGAGUAUGGGUGGAAGACCCGGAUGAGAAGAAGCUAUUGAUAGGGCAGUACAAGUCUGUUCUCAGUAACAAGCCAUGCAAGUAUUUCAAGGAAGGAAAGGCUACUUGCCCGUUUUCUGACAGUUGCUUUUAUCGGCACGCUAACCCUGAUGGCAGCCUAGCUCUAAAUACCAAGCCAGUUAUCCGUCAUAAAACAGAUGCGGAUGGACAAUAUUCCUCUAUUGGUGGAGUCAUGUUAGCUGGUUUCUUGUUUCCUGAAGACUUGGAGUCAGAUAUGUGGUAUUCGCUAUGAUGGGUCUCUCUGCUUGCUCCAGCCGGUUUCUGCUUCAUGGCAUGUCGUUGAGUUAGCAUGAAGCUGCACUUUCCCUGCUGUUCUCAACGUGUGCAAGCCACAGAGCUAUGGUCAUGCGUUUAAAACAAGUCGGGUAAUGCCUACACCAUCAGCUGUUGUCCAUGCUGCACUUUUCGCGGACGGUCUCUCUCUCUCUCUCUCACUGUCUGUCUGUCUGUCUGUCUGUCUGUCUGACCAAUGGCAGUGGCAGAGUGUGACUGCCAUCAUUACGGAAUAACUUGUCAAACUAGUCAGGAAUAACUUGUCAUUUGACAUUUGGCAAAUUGACAGAAAUUAAUAUUAACUUGCCAAUUCCAUUUGUGUUUGAUGUCAGCCAUGCCUGGGAUAAGGAUGCAGAAGCACUUAUCCCAGUUUUGCUCUAUUUUCUUCUCACGUGUUUUUCAUAUCGGCAUACAGUGGAACCAAAUACAGUGGAAUCAAACUGA